AUGUCAAUAGCAGAUGGAGAGUAUGAGAUUGAUCUUUCGUCUUUUUUGGGAAAAGAUCAUGUCUCCGAACAAGAUAAUUCACUAGGCAUAAGAUACGGGUUUAUACCUGAUUCAAUGGACCAGACUAGUCCACUUACUUUGUAUCAGACGGACCAGGAAAGUUUAAUACGAGCUAAGACUAUAGACAGCUCAGGAGGCAAUGUUAUCAUAUUUGAAGGGAAUCCAAAGAGGCUGGGACCUUCCAAGAAUCCUGCAAAUGAAACGUAUUUCCUCACUGUGUCACUAGAGGGAGAAAACCAGGUUGUGUUAAAAAAGUUGAACAACACGAUUCGAGUUUCUAAAUCACGUAAUGUUGCCAAGUGGGAAAGAAAAAUCGAACUGUGGGAUAAGGAGAAUAAUAGUCGACAAAACAGUAAUAUAUAUAUUCCAAAAAUAGAUGAGAGACCUUCACAUACGAACAACGGCAAGUCGACCAAAGCAUCUAAAAGGCCACCAGCAGCAAAUUCCAAGAUUAAAAGCAAUGAAGUCAUUAUCGAUUCUGAUGAAGAAUCAGGCUUCAUAGAUGAUGGCAUGAAUGACUCGGAAUUUCCUGAUAUUCAGUUUGAUUCUGCACCUGAAGAAGCCAAUAUAGCUAAGAAACUUUCGACCUCCCAGACACCUACACAAAGUACAUCCAAGAUACGCUCUGAAGUGAAACCAGACAAAGAGGAUAAACAAAAACUAUCCUCAAAGGCAGCAUCUAAACUGGGACCGAAACCAGGACUCAAAUCAGGGCUGAAACCAGGCCCUAAGCCCAAGGCUAAUGUGGAAUCCAAUGCAAAGACCGUAACGCAAGCAUCUUCAAAGACAAACUUGAAAAACAUACAACCCAUGAAGCCAGAGAAUAAUAAUUCAGAUUUGGAUAUCGAUGAUGAUUUUAAGGACUUAGAGGACCAAUUGCGAGAGGUAUUAGAAGAAGACGGACAAGUUGCAAAUAAGCCACAGACUACUGUCGUUGAUGACGAUGAUGACGAUGAGAGUGACGCAGACGAUUAUCAUUAUCCUUCCCUGGCCCCAAUUAAGAUCAAUUUUGAAGAAGGUGGUUUGAGUAAAAAUACUCGUCCCAUUUUAAAUAAAUCAUUCUCAGGAAACUCUCAAAGUAAGCCAAUGAGUUUGAAGGAUUUAGUGGGUAGCAGAAGAAAGGUCGAUGAGGACCCAAGCAGCGAAGAAGAGUAA